UCUGGCGCAUGCGCAGUUUGUCCACUUCCUCUUUCGCCCAGCGCCUGCGCUUCUAGAUGGUUUGCUAAAACAUUUUAUCCUCAUUAUUUCUGCUAUUAUUUGCGCUUAUCUCGGUUCUUCAUGAUCAGAUACCUGUGCGCAGUUUUUUGCGUCGUUCAAGUUCUUCUCGCUAUCGGUCAUGCCAAAAGAAAAGAGGACAGCGAUCAGGAAAUGGCACAUUACAGAGACAGAAUAAAAGCCAUGUUUUAUCAUGCCUACAACAAUUAUUUGGAAAACGCUUUUCCUUAUGAUGAGCUGCGACCUCUCACUUGUGACGGUCAGGACACCUGGGGCAGCUUUUCCCUGACGUUAAUAGAUGCGCUGGACACUCUUCUGAUUUUAGGGAACCACACAGAGUUUCAGCGAGUGGCGUCCCUGUUGCAGAACACGAUCGACUUUGACAUUGAUGUCAACGCAUCUGUGUUUGAAACCAAUAUCCGAGUGGUGGGUGGUCUCCUCUCUGCUCACUUGCUGUCCAAGCGAGCUGGUAUGGAGGUGGAGACGGGCUGGCCCUGUUCCGGACCCCUACUGCGCAUGGCGGAGGAAGCUGCCAGGAAGCUCCUUCCAGCUUUCCAGACACCCACAGGGAUGCCGUACGGCACGGUGAACCUGCUGAUGGGUGUGAGUCCCUCGGAGACGUCGGUGACCUGCACAGCCGGGGUGGGCACCUUCAUCCUGGAGUUCGCCACACUAAGCCGGCUGACAGGCGACCCGGUCUUUGAAAACGUCGCCCGGCGGGCCCUGCUCUCUCUGUGGAAGACACGGUCAGACAUAGGAUUGGUAGGCAACCACAUAGAUGUCAUUACUUCCAAGUGGGUUGCACAGGAUGCUGGGAUUGGAGCAGGUGUGGACUCCUAUUUCGAGUACCUGGUAAAGGGAUCCAUUAUGCUGCAGGAUGAGGAGCUGCUCUCGAUGUUCUUAGAGUAUAACAAGUCGAUUAAGAACUACACCAAAUUCGAUGACUGGUACCUGUGGGUCCAGAUGCACAAAGGCACGGUAUCCAUGCCUGUCUUCCAGUCUCUGGAGGCUUUCUGGCCAGGAUUGCAGAGCCUGCUGGGUGACCUGGACAGCGCCAUGAGGACAUUUCACAACUAUUACAGCGUGUGGCGGCAGUUCGGCGGGCUGCCUGAGUUCUACAGCAUCCCCCAGGGGUACACCGUGGAUAAGCGAGAGGGCUACCCCCUGAGGCCAGAGCUGAUAGAGAGCGCCAUGUAUCUGUACCGGGCCACGGGUGACCCUGCCGUCCUGCAGCUCGGCCGUGAUGCAGUGGAGUCCAUCGAGAAGGUCAGCCGCGUCAGCUGCGGCUUUGCCAGUGUGAAGGACGUCCGAGAUCACAAACUGGAUAACCGCAUGGAGUCCUUCUUCUUGGCGGAGACCGUGAAGUACCUCUAUCUCCUCUUCGACCCGGACAACUUUCUGCACAACGGUGGCUUGGAUUUUGAGACGGGCACGGGCCCCCAGAGUGACUGUGUCCUGGGUGCGGGGGGCUACGUUUAUAACACUGAGGCCCACCCCUUGGACCCGGCUGCUCUGCACUGCUGCAGCCAGGCGCACGGCGAGCGGCGAGAGCUGCAGGACAUCCUGCUGAACCUGUCCGAGUCCCUCCAUCCGCCACCAGCAACGCAGCCGGAAGAGUCUACAGGAGACGCACCCACAAACUUUCCCGAAAGCAUCGCGAUCAAACCCGGAAGCAGGAGGAAAGUCCCCCUGCUGUCUUGUCCCAUGCAGCCAUUCAGUUCCCGGCUUUCCAUCUUGGGCCAGGUCUUCUCCGACAGCACGUGACUGUUUAUCCACUUUAUUAGCAUAAUUUUAAUGACAACCAAAAUAAAGCUUUUAAUUUAUUGAAA